AUGGAUUCCAAACCGCUAUCCAAAGAUUCUAUGCAAUCAACAUGGCGCACAGCCCCUCGCAGCGAGUGGAACAUCAGCCAUUACCUACUAGAUGCGCUCAACGCCCACCCCAUCGACCUAAACACGGAGAUACCGGUGCAUAGCAAAGACGAGAAAGUGCCAUACAUGCCCCAGUGGUAUCUCCAACGCUGGGUGCUCUUCUACUCAUCCAUCCCCCUUAUCCUCCACGAGACCUACAUGGCCUUCACCGGCCGCACUAUCGGCCCAAUCGCCGCCUUCAACUUCUACUUCUUUGCCUUCAACGCGACAGUAAUCUACCAAGUGCACAUCCUCCGGCGUCUCGGCCACAAGUACGGCUUCCUAGACGGCGACAAGCACGCACGGGACGGAGUCCCUGACGUCGGCGUCGCCAAAGUAGUAGCCUCCCUGUACAAAACCACGGGAUCCCGAAUGAUCCUCUCAAUCUUCCUCUCCUACAACCAUACCCAAAGACCCUCACAGCUGUCCUGGAUCUGGCUCCCUCUCGAAAUCGGGCUAUACGGCAUCGUCCUGGAUUUCUGGUUCUACUGGUACCACCGGCUGAUGCAUGACGUGAGCUAUCUAUGGAAAUACCACCGAACACACCACUUGACCAAACACCCGAACCCGCUCCUCGCCGCGUACGCGGACCAUGAACAGGAAUUCUUUGAUAUGGUCGGCGUACCGGUAAUGACGUACUUUAGUUUGAAACUGUUUGGCUUGCCGAUGGGGUUCUACGAGUGGUGGAUUUGUCAUGAAUAUGUCGCGUUUGCGGAGGUUUUUGGUCAUAGUGGACUGCGGAUGCAUUCGGGUGUGCCGUCGACGCUGAACUGGCUGCUGCAGAUGUUUAGUGCGGAGAUUGUUAUUGAGGACCACGAUUUGCAUCAUCGGAAAGGUUGGCGGAAGAGUUACAAUUAUGGUAAGCAGACGAGGCUGUGGGAUCGGGUUUUUGGGACUUGUAUGGAGCGCAUUGAGUCCGUGGAAGGGAAUGUGGAUUAUGAGAAUACGGCGAGCAUGCCUUUGUUCUAG